UGAAGGAGGAACCUGUCAAGAUGAGGCUGACUGUCCUGGUUGUCCUAGCAGUGUUGCAGCUCUGCAGCCCAGUCUUCCUCUCAGACCUGCAGCUGCAGCAAAUCUCUCAGGUGGAAGAGGGACAGGAUGCAUCCAGCAAUCCUAGGCUUAAUCCUCAGCUUGAAGAUGUUGUCCCUGAUCUGGACAUUCACAGCCCACCCAGGCUGACAGAGAUUUCAGAUCUAGAGCUCCAGGUUCCUGACUCCUUGUUAAUGUAUGGAGAAAACGCUAACCUCAAAUGGGUAAAAUGGGAAGGGUCCCUCCCUAAUGGUGCUGUGGGCAUUUACAAUGGCUACACUGAACGACAUGAUUACAUCUGCAAAGUGAACUGCCAAGCUGGCUUUUACACCACAACCAAAGGCAGUUUUUGCCAGUACCCCUAUGCCGACAAGGAGUAUUCCUCCUCCGAGUUUGAAGUCCUGGUCAACGUGGACGACUUUGAGUUUUUGGAGUGGAUCGACGGGAAAUACGGUGCUGUUCCCCAACAUUCUGUCGAAACCUGCCCGGGCACUGAGAUAUAUGUUGGCAAAAACAAAUACGGUCUGGGAAAAGUUGUGACCCAGCACGAAGCCUUUUUCCUGCCGUGGGAGGGCGAUGAGUACUGGUACAAGCAGUACCAGGUCCUGGCCAUCAACAGGGACUCCUACACCCAGCACAUCUCCCAUGUAGAGUAUGCCAUUGACCGGAUUGAACUGUUCAACCACCCUCCUGAGGCCUUGCAGCUCGCUAGGGUCACCAACUUGGAGUGCAACAGUGUGAAGAAGACAGUCUUGCUGGAGAAGACCAGCACUGUGGAGAAGACCUGGAACAUCGGCAGGGAGAGUCGCAACAGCUCCACCACUAUGACGGCCAAGGUGCCCAUUCUCAACCCGGACUCGGUGGACUUCACCAAGGAGCAGACGGUGAGUUUCUCAGAGGGAACCACCCUGGUGGAGUCCAUCAGCCACUCCAUCUCUGUGGAGCUGCUGGUCCCUCCCAACCACUACUGUGGCGUGAGGAUGGACGGCAGGAAGAUGACAGCAGACAUCCCCUUCACGGGUCGGCUGAGCCGGACAUACCACAACGGAGACACUCACUGGACCACCAUCACAGGGACAUAUGACGGCGUGAAGGUUGGAGAGGUGAACGCUGUGGUCGAGAGAUGCCAGCCCGUCCCGGAUGCCAUUCCCUGUAAUACCAGUGAGUCAGACUAAAGAGACAGAAAUGCAGAUGUAUUAACUAUGAACUCAAAUGCGCCCGUAGUGUCUUUUCAGUCACAAGGCAGAACAAUUAGAAUCCACGUUCACAAUGACUUCAGACUGUAAUAAACUGACAUAACUCAACAUUCAGAUCAAACAGCAAGUCAGUUGACAUUUUGAAGAAAAUGUAUUUUUCCAUGCAUGUUUGGACAAUAAAUAUGAUC